AUGGCCCCGGGAUUUAGAGGAGGACGUGCUGGCGCUCGUGGAGGCGGCGGUCGAGGUGGUGGUGCUCCCCGUGGUGGCAGAGGAGGCGGUGGUGCCGGUGGAUUCCGUGGCGGACGAGGUGGCGGUGGACGUGGUGGCCCCGGUGGAAGGGGUGGUCCGCGGGGUCGAGGCGGCGCCCGCGGUGGUGCUAGGGGAGGCAAGCCUGGCGGCACGAAGGGUGGCCAGAAGGCUAUCAUUGAACGGCAUCGUCACCCCGGUGUGUUCAUCUCUCGAGGAAAGCAGGACGACCUCGCUACCCGCAGCUUCGCCCCCGGUGUCAGCGUCUACGGCGAGAAGAAGGUUGAGGUCAACGAUACAGAAACCAACGAGGACGGCUCCACCACAACGACUAAGAUCGAGUACCGCCUAUGGAACCCCUUCCGUUCCAAGAUCGCCGCUGCCAUUCUUGCCGGUAUCGAUACGCUCUAUAUCCAGCCCGGAAGCAAGGUCCUGUACCUCGGUGCUGCGUCAGGAACCACCGUUUCGCACGUUUCGGAUAUUGUCGGCCCUACGGGUCGUGUCUAUGCUGUCGAGUUCUCUCGCCGCAGUGGCCGUGAUCUUAUUACCAUGUGCCAAAAGCGCCACAACGUCAACCCCAUCGUUGAGGAUGCCCGAAAGCCUGCUUCUUACCGCCUCUUCGUUGACGGCAUGGUAGAUGUCAUCUUCUGCGAUGUCGCCCAGCCCGAUCCUGCCCGUAUCAUCGCUGAGAACGCUGGAUGCUUCCUCAAGGUCGGCGGAAAGGUCCUCCUCAGUAUCAAGGCCAACUGUAUCGACUCCACGGCGCCUCCCGCUCAGGUGUACGCGCAAGUUGUUGAGGAGAUGAGGGCUUUGAAGUUCAAGCCCAAGGAGCAGAUCAGUCUCGAGGCGUACGAGCGUGGCCAUGCCAUGGUCGUGUUUGAGUAUCUCCGUUAUUAA